AUGGCGGCGAGUGGAGAAAGCAUGACCGGUGAAACUGAAACUUGUAACGAAACUGCAUCUUCAGCAGAGACCACAGAAAUCGAAAGCUUCACUGUCGAGGUUUUGCAGUUAGUGAAAGAAGCACGACAGCAGCAUGGCCUUAGACAUGGAGAUUUUCAGAGAUACAGGGGCUACUGUUCGAGAAGGAUUCGUCGUAUUAGAAAAUCAUUGCAUUUUCCUCAAGGCACUAAACAUAGAGUGCAGCCAAAAAAGAUUCAAAUGGAAAAUUUGACAGAUGUCAGAUUUCUACAUUUGCCACUGUUUUGUGCAGAGAGAGCAUGGUUUUAUGCAAUGCAAUUAAAGGCAGAAGCCAAUUCAGAGCCUCGGAAGAAAUUCCAUAUGAUGUCACGUAUCAGGAAGGCAGUGACAUAUGCAGAGGAGUUUCAAGAGCUAUGUAAAAGUCCUAAAUGUGAUGCCAGGACUAAAUUAGAAUGCCAGGGAUAUGUGAUGUGGAUGAAAGCUGGACUGCAAUUUGAAAGUGAAAACUGGGCAAGUGCCAUAGAAUACUACACAGAAACCAAGACAAUAUAUGAGAAGUUGGCCAGUGCAUUUACAGAAGAACUUCAGUCUGUGUACCUACAACAAGUGGAGGAAGUGACACCAAACAUACGUUACUGCGCUUACAACAUAGGAGAUGAGUCUGCCAUCUCAGAACUCAAGCAGAUGAGGCGUAGAGGAGGAGAAAAUCAGUUCACCUCACAUCUAGAUGAUUUGUUAUCCCAGACCAGAGAGAAGCAAGCAGCAACUCUCUCAGAGUUUCCUUGGCGUGGACGUACAGUGCCUGUAAAAAGUGAGCCUGUCCGCCUGUUCCUGCUUAAUCUACAGGAGAGUAUUAAGGAGAUCGAGAGUGCUGAGAGCACUGACAGUAAAGUGUCAAUUUAUGAGAGUUUGCUGAAACAGUGCAUUGAUGCUCAGCAAGUCCUUCGUGAUGCCUUACAAGAAGAUGCUAACUUCAAAUUAGCCAUCCGAGGACAAACAGUUGAAGGGAAGAUAUCAAACCAGCAUUACCUUCACACUUAUCUAACCUAUACACGACUCACCAAGACUGUGGAACGUAAUCUGCUGCUUAUAGAGUCACUCAAAAACUUUCUGCCAGGAAAGCAGGUUCAGGAAGGUAGAAAGAUUACCAAACCUCAGGAUUUAGUCCGGUUGUACGACAUAAUGAUACAGAAUCUUUCAGAAAUUCCAGCUUUACCUGGUUUACAAGAAGAUUCUUCAUUAGAGGAAGAAAUGGAAGCCAGGAUAUUAGGUUUUAAAGCAUUUAGGUCAUAUUAUAUAGCUCAAUCAUAUGUUGGAGCCAAGAAGUGGACAGAAGCAAUCGCAUUGAUGGAGAGGUGUAUUACAUACUUAACUUCGUCAAAGGACGGUUUCAAGAAAUUACCAAAGGCAAUGAUGUUGAUGUACAAGGGAGAGAUGGAUAGUUUAGAAGACCUAGAAAAAUUAGUAGAAGGAGAGAAGUAUUCCUGCCACGCCAGAAGUAUAUUGGAUGUCAAUGAUGUUACAGACCAGUUUAGCACAAUGUCUUUUAAUUCAAAAACGCCUCUUGCGGACCGUCUUGACCAGUAUGUUAAUGAUAAGUCACUGACGAGUAAAAAACCCAACGUAACUUCCUUCCCACCAGACUUUGAACCAAUUCCUUGUCGGCCACUGUUUUUUGAUCUGGCGCUGAACAAUAUGGAAUUCCCUUCUUUGGAGGACAAGGUGGAACAGAAGAAGGCCGGCAGUGGCAUCACUGGCAUGGUGAAAGGCUGGCUCUGGGGUGGUGGCAAAAAAUGAACUUCAUCAGAAGUUGGAAGUUGUGAAACGUUAAAUGUGUUCACUUCAUUUGCUUGGAUAUAAAAACCCAAACAAUUAUACUGUCAAAUUUACUGAACAUUCAGUCGUGUAUGAGUGAAAAGGUUUAUUCUUCUUUCUCUUUUUUUUUUUUUUUUAGUGAAAAUAGAUUUUCUUAAAACCUUGUUCCUGAUUCUACAUUAAUAAAUAAAAGAUACUUGUAAUUAUCAUUCAAAUGGACAGAUUUACAGCCAGUGCAUUAUCUGAUGAUAUUGUGAAGACCUAGAACAUUACCUAGUAAAGACAAGAAUGUAUUUGUAUAAAGAUUUUCUAUGAUCAGGUCGGUGCAAAUGUAAUAUAUAGUAAAAAAUGAAUUUGAAAGGGGACAUAACUCUGGAAGUCUUGUGUUUUUGUAAAUUAAUACUUAUUUUAGAAGAAUUGUGCAACAGAUCUUAUCAACUAUAGACAUUUAUCGCUAUCAGUUGUCCCAUAUUGAAGGGGGUCUUGCUUCAAAAGAAACUGGUGUACAUAGAGAAAAUUCUAUAUUGUAGGGAAGAGUGACCCCACACUAUUUCAAAUAUGAUCUGGAAAUCAGUCCCCGAGUUUCAUAGGUGGCAGGUGAUUAUGGUAUCCACUACUACAAGUCCAUCCAGUGUAAUGGUAUACUAGAUGUUUACUCCGUGUAUGUGUGACAUGACUACCACCUUCCACCUAGAGCUAGGAUAUUGAACUUGAAUACUACCAAGUGUUGUACGUCAGAGUGUAUAUUGCUUUUGUACAUGACUGCAAGACUGAUGUUGGAUUUUUCUUGGUGUCAUUUGAGGUUUUAAUUCUGCCUUACCUGCCAUUGAAAAUUUACAAAGAAUACUUUGUAAGUCUGAGAUUGAAGCAUUUUUUGAGGAGGGGGAUUAUUUUGUUGGCAUCCUAAUUCUGAUAGUAAGAGGUAAUUUGACAUUAUUUCAUUUUGACAACAUUUGUCAGAACAUUUAUUUUUCCUGCAGAGUACAGUGCAUUCUUCAUCAUCACCUUAUACAAACCUUAUCCAAAUGCAUUAAGUAAACCUUGUGAUUACAUGUUGCUUCUCAUUCUAAAAUGAGACACAUUCUUUCUAAUUCCAACUUUUGGUGAUGCAGAGUUAUCUGCUCAUGGGAAUGGUUGUUGAUAUUACAUAAUUUAAGAGGUAUGUCAUGAAUUUGUGAUAAGACAUAGUUUUCUCAUGCAAACUAAUGCUGCAACAAUCAAUAACUGCUUUCAAGAGCAGAUAAAAGCAUUUUGAAAAGAAAAAAAAUGGCUAUUAUGGUGAUGCUGCAAGUCAAACAUCUUCAUACCCUGGGGUUACACUCACUCACUGUAGGUCUUGCAGCCCUGAAAAAUUUCAAGGCAAAAUCAGAGGUUCCAUAUAGGAUACUUUGUGGUUAAGACAAGAAAACUUUAUUGUGAUUGUCAGGGGUUUUUCCCACCUGAAACCAGCUCUGGACCAACCAAAUUACCUUGCUUUUCAAUUUAGCCAGUUAAUAUUCCAAGGGUGUAGAGAGCAAAAGUGAUUGUAACCCCUGGAGUAUGGAGGAUUGUCAAACAGUUACAUUGUUGUGUCUGGCAUGAGACAUACAUGUAUGGCAGAAAAGUUUAUACAUAGCACAACUAGAUGUUCCAUGAUAUUUCCAUGCUUCUCUUUCCAUUAGCAUGAAGCAAUACAUUUGUCUGGAUUCUUUUUUUUUUACAAAAGAAAUUUGUAGGAUUAGAUUGGACAGUAAUAUAUUUCUUCCUAUACCAAGGGUUGUGUGUGGUUAUAUAAAAAUCAACAUUUCCAUUUUAAACUUUUGUCACUCAGAAAAAUAGAAUUGGUUGUGAUAUAACAACAUCUAUUAAACUUCCCAUUUUUUGCUUAUUGGAUGAUAAAUAGAGUGAAUUCUACAGGAAUAUUAAAUAUUGAAUACCGUUAAACACAGUGGAAAUUAUGGCGGAGUGAUCUAAUAAAAAAUACCACCGUUUGUGUUGUCCUUAGCAAUGACAAUGAACAGACAGUCCAUGUAAUUUUGUCACUAAUUAAUGUCAAUCGCCAACAAUAAUGAAUGUAGAUACAAUAUAAACUGUAUGACUAUGUAUUGAGGUAAAUACUUACUUGUAUGUUUCCCUACUUUAUGUAAGGCUCAUGGGAUUAUAAAUAAAUGUUUCCUUGUUUUAUCAAUGUAUGGUUCCUCGAGUUAUACAUAUGGUGUCCUGGUUUAUACAUGUAUGGUUGUCUGGUUUUUACAUAUAUUCCUGGGAUAUAGGUAUAUGGUUGUCUGGUUUUUACAUGUAUAGUCCUCUGGUUUGUACAUGUAUGGUUGUCUGGUUUUUACAUGUAUAGUCCUCUGGUUUGUACAUGUAUGGUUGUCUGGUUUUUACAUGUAUGAUUACGUUGGUUAUAUAUGUCUUGUUUCAUAAUUUAUUUUUCAUGGAGAUGAAAAACGACAAAUAAUACCAACGAAAAUACAAAAAAUAUUACAAUGCCAAGCCGUUGGGUUCAGUUCAUUGUGGUAUUUAGAUCGAUUUUGUUUCCUAUAACCUUGACAAUAAGACAGAUUUAAAAGAAAGUGACCGAUUUAUAAUUCUUUUAGAGACGAAUCAUUAUUGUAGAAUAGAUGAUUGGACAAGCUAAAUGCCACAGAGACGUGCACCAUUAAAUGUAGGACAGCACGUGCACAGCGCUUCUCAUGACUUUGGCUCUCUAAUCGGCCAUGAAAUUUGUUGUUUACGAUAACCUUCUCCAUCAGAUGUAGAGGUAUUCUGGAUACGUUUUACAUGUGUAACAAUGAUUACUUACAGCUGUACCACAUUUCUAUGGCUCGUUAUGAUCACGGUAGAACGUGAAACUGAGCUAUCAACAAAUCUCUUCUCGGACGUCCGUCCGUUUGUGAACAUAUAUGCAUGUCGCCAUGGAGACGGACUAGGAAAUAAAAGGGACUAUUAAGUAUCCACUUUUGAACGUGCACUUUACCAUAUCAAUUUCUCCCGGUUACUGAAAGAGUCAAUGUAGAACACGUAUCAUCAAAUUCUAAUCAUCUAUUCUAAUAUGAUCUCAUUAGUGUCCAGUUGUCCGUAACGAAAUUCUGCAAGAUUUGGAAACAAAAUCGCAAACCCGUUUUGGAUUUUAUGUUUAGAAUGAAAGGUUUGCUUUGUUUUGUAUACAUGCAAUGCAAUUCAAGAAUGUAAGAGCAAUAGACUCUCGGAAACUGUCACGGCUUUUAAAAUGAAGUUGAAUGCAUGUUGCUGUUGUUGUUUGGAUAUAUAGGAACCUAUUGAAA